UGCCAUCAAAUUUAUGAACAUAUAAAGAAAAAGAUUCAAUUUAGAAUAAAUUGUUAUUUGUUAGUCUCCCCCCAUUUCAUACUCCACACCAUAUAGAUUCUCAGCUGCAACUAACUUGAUGAAUCUUUAGCUUAAUACAAGCACUUUCCAUCCAUGGCUUCUCCCAAUUUCAUAACCUUUGUCCUUUGCCAUUACUUUCUGUUUCUUCACUAUUCUCAAGCUGUUCUUCAUCCUCCCUUUGACAACAACACUGAUCAGGAAGCUCUGCUUUCAUUCAAAUCUUCACUCAUUGAUCCACAUGGUGCCUUGGAUUCUUGGCAUCCAAACAGUUCCUUCUGCAAAUGGCUUGGUGUUCUCUGCAACCUGAAAAGGCGUCGAGUCAUCAGACUCCGACUUGAACAUCGCUCGCUAGCUGGACCGAUUUCUCCUCACCUCACCAACCUUUCGUUUCUUCGCCGUCUUGAGCUUCAAGGGAAUAACUUCUCCGGGAGAAUUCCACCGGAGAUUCACCGCCUCUUUCGGUUGCGAGUUUUGAACUUGAGUUCCAACAGCCUUCAUGGAACCAUUCCACCAUCUUUGAGCCAUUGUUCGAUGCUUCGUGUCGUUGAUGUUUUCGGGAAUGAGCUUCGUGGUAGAAUUCCAUCAGAACUAGGUAGCUUAUCAGCACUUUACGAUUUGAAUCUCGGCCGAAAUAACUUCUCAGGAACCAUCCCUUCUUCAUUUGGUAAUCUAUCUUCUCUCAACAAGUUGACUGUAGUUACAAAUAAUUUAGAGGGUCCAAUCCCAGAUGAACUAGGUCGUCUCAAUCGACUCUGGUAUUUACAUCUAGGAGAUAACAAAAUCUCCGGCAGUUUUCCUGCUCAACUGAUGAACAUUUCUUCUCUUAAUAUGCUUUCUUUACCAAAGAAUCAGCUUUCUGGCGAACUUCCAUCUAAUUUGUUCAUAGCAUUAAGUAAUCUUUCCAUUGCGUUCUUUGGAGGAAACAUGUUUGAUGGCCAAAUCCCUGAAUCACUUUCUAAUGCCUCCAAACUCGAAAGAUUUGACCUAUCAGUGAACCAAAUUUCAGGAGAAAUUCCUUCAUUUUGGAAGCUAGAAAGGAUUCAGGAACUGAAUCUUGAAAUGAACUACCUAACAAGCAAUGGAAAGGAAGGUCUCAACUUUAUUACUUCACUUACCAAUUCAACUCACCUGAAAAUGUUGUCAGUGGCCACAAAUUUACUCACGGGACAGCUUCCUCGGUCCAUUGGAAACUUGUCAGCUCAUUUUUCUAAGCUUCUAAUGGCAGAAAACCAGUUUAGUGGAAGCAUCCCUAGUGAAAUAGGAAACUUGGGUGGCCUCAUUUCUGUAUCUUUACCUUCAAAUUCCUUCAUGGGUAACAUUCCUUCUUCAUUAUCAAACCUCAAGAACUUGCAGGUGCUAUCAUUAGAAUCAAAUAUUCUUUCAGGCUCCAUCCCUGAACCGUUUGGUAAUCUAAGUGAGCUCUCUCUGUUUUUAGUCAGUGAUAACAAAUUAAGUGGAAAAAUUCCUCUCAGUUUAACAAACUGUGAGCGUCUACUCGUAUUUGAUCUAUCACAAAAUGGGUUGAGCGGGAACUUACCAAAGGAGAUCUUUAGCUUCCCAAAUCUUUUGGAAUUCAAUGUUUCAGUCAACAACUUGACAGGUUCUUUGCCUUCUGAAAUUGACAAGCUAUUGAUGGUUCAAUUAUUCGAUGUCGCCACAAAUCAACUCUCCGGAGCCAUUCCAGACACCAUAGGAAACUUCUUGAAUCUUGAGUACUUGAUCAUGUCUGGCAAUUCUUUCGAAGGACCAAUUCCCAGUUCAUUGGCCAAUUUGAAAGUGGUAACUCUCAUAGACAUUUCAUCAAACAGGUUGUCUGCAACAAUCCCUUCUCUUGAUGGCCUCCAAUACCUCCAAUACUUGAACCUCUCUUCCAAUAAACUACAAGGAGAAGUACCUAAAAGUGGCAUAUUUCUCAACAUAUCAGCCGUAUUUCUAUCCGACAACCCCGAGCUUUGCGGCGGCAUUGUUGAACUUAGACUACCAAAAUGCUCUGUUGGCUCAACUGGCAAAAGAAAAAUUGGGAAAUUAAUUGCAGGAGUUGUUGCAGGAGGAAUUGGUGCAUGCCUCGCAAUUGCUACGGCUUUCUUGUUCUGGAUAAGAAGGAAACCAGUGGCGAAAAUGGACACAGAUUUGAGUUUAUUGGAAGGGGUUCAUAGGGCAUAUUCAUACUACGAAUUGAAACAUGCGACGAGGGAUUUCGCCCAAGAAAAUCUAAUCGGAAAGGGGAGCUUCGGAUCCGUUUACAAAGGCGUAACGAGAGACGGAAACUCAAUCGCCAUUAAAGUAAUCGAUUUAGACCAUCGAGGUGGAAUGAAAGGUUUUGUUAACGAAUGUGAAGUUCUCAGAAACAUAAGGCAUCGGAACCUGGUGAAGAUCCUGAGUGCUUGUUCCAGUUUGGAAUUCAAAGCAUUGGUUCUGGAAUUUAUGCCGAAUGGAAACUUGGAAACCUGGCUUCACGGAAGAGGAGAUGGGCGAUCAGAGCGAUGGCUGCCUCUGAAACAGAGAAUAAACAUAGCGCUAGACGUAGCGGCUGCAAUGGAGUAUCUUCACGAUGGAUUCGAAACUCCUGUAGUUCAUUGCGAUCUGAAGCCGAGCAAUGUUCUUCUGGAUGAAGACAUGACCGCCCAUGUUGCUGAUUUUGGGCUGGCAAGAUUUCUUCAAGAUCAAGGCGAUUCUACGAGCCAUAGUCAGAGCAUUAGUAGUGGGCUAAGAGGUUCCAUCGGCUACAUUGCACCAGGUAGUCUUUUAUACUAG